AUGCCUUUCGUACAUGCUUCCGAUCGCUGCUUCUUUGUGCUCGACAAGGAGCUUCGGCAUUUCUGCUGGGUUCUGUCGAAUUUAAAUCAGGUGCGCCCAAGUCACGCCGAAGUGGUCAAAGCGGUGGCUAGUGACACUAUCCUGCCCUUUCUUGCGGUGUCCUGGCAGCCACGUUCCGCGGUGGCUGCCGGUGGUCAUCACACCUGUGUGGUGACAAGGAACAAGGAGCUCGUGUGCUUCGGGCAUAAUGACUUUGGCCAGUGUAAGGUCCCACCGAAUCUUGGCCCCGUGAUCUCGGUUGCUGCGGGCUCCGAACACACCUGUGUUCUCAAGGCCAGUGGGGAAGUGGUGUGCUUUGGAAACAACGAGUUCGGACAGUGCGACGUGCCGACCAACCUUGGCCCAGUCGUUGCGGUGGCAGCGGGAGGUAUGCACACCUGUGCGCUGCAAAGCAACGGUACCCUGGUCUGCUUUGGCCAAAACAGCCUUGGGCAGUGCGACGUUCCUGCUGACAUCGGUCCAAUCGUCUCCAUCGCCGCAGGGGGCGCCCACACCUGUGCCGUCACCGCCACUGGGCAGCUCGUAGCAUUCGGAGACAAUGGCUUCGGCCAGCUCAAUGUACCACCAGGGCUGGGCCAAGUGUCUUCCGUGGCUGCCGGAAGUCACCACACCUGUGCCGUAACGGCUUCCGCGGACCUCGUCUCCUUCGGAGGCAACAUCCUAGGCCAGUGCGAUUCGCCCCCGGACUUGGGCCCAGUGGUGGCGGUGGCUGCCCGGCUUCUCUACACGUGUGCGGUGCGAGCCACAGGAGAAUUGGUCUGCUUUGGCUGCAUUGACUUCGAGGACAUGCACCGACCGCCUGACCUUGGGCCCAUCGUGGCUGUGGCUGCCGGGACCUGCCACGUCUGCGCGGUGAAGGAGUCGGGGGAGGUGCGGCUCCAGGGCCCUUGCUCUCCCAAAGGUUCCCAGUUAUGA